AUGUCCACCUGGAUCGACUUUGAAGCAUUCAAGAAUCUUCUGUUCCUAGCCUACUCUGUAGGCGUAGGCUUCAUGUUCUUGGCUUUCUAUCCACUCUUGUUUCAUAUCACCGAGUGGGCUGAACGUGAGAGAUUCAAAGGUAUAAAGACCGUGUGGUUCUUGACCAUGGUGAACGGAUGCAGUGUUAUUGGGCGCUUGAGCAGUGCAGCGGUCGCGAGUGCAAGGUGGUCCAAUCCUGCCAUGGUACACGCUAUUAGCUGCUUCGCCGCCGCUCUAGUAGUCUUUCUACUAUGGCCACUCGCUCAACAAGAAAGCCACGCCAUUGCAUUCUGCGUCCUAUUCGGAGUUCUUGGCGGUUCUUUGUUCGGCUUGCCAGCAUCUGGUGUUACUUUCAUCAUUCCAAAAAAACUUGGUGGCUCACUGGGGGCCUGGACGGGGAUUAUGUGGGCCUUGAGUUCGGCAUUUGCUUUGAUUGGGCCACCUAUCGUGGGACAACUUGUCAAACGUUAUUCCAUUGAGUCCGUUGGGUACUGGACAGGGGUGAACCUGCUUGUGGCUGGGAUGCUGAUAUCGAUGGCAAUAUGGAUGAAACAUUCAGAGGAUAAGCGAGAGAGAUCCAAAAAUGCGGAGCUGAAUAUGAACACCGAUGGCAGUGUUAUCUAG